AUGGUUUUUGUGAAUGAAGAAAUUGAACAAGCCAAACAAAAGGUCCUCUCCGAGCUCGGCUAUGCACCUAUGGCCAUUGUGUUAGGAAGUGGUUUGGGCGAUUUUCCAAAGGCUCUCUCCAACACUCGUAAAAUCCCAUACUCUCAAAUUCCUCACAUGCCUCUCACUUCGGUUCAGGGACAUUCGGGUGAGUUGAUUAUUGGUGAAUUACCAUCUUCUGUUCAUGCAAAGGAACACGGAGAAACUUCUGCCAAUAAGAAAAAGCUCAUUUACUGCUUUGCAGGAAGAAUUCACUCGUAUGAAGGUGGACCAUGGGAUGAAGUUACCUUCCAAGUGAAAUUGAUGGCUGCCAUUGGAUGUAAAUUAUUCAUCUUGACAAAUGCAAGUGGUGGUCUUUUUGAUGACAUGACUGGAGGAUGUUUGUGCUUGUUGACUGGACAUUUUAGAUUGUUGGCAAGAAUGGAUCCAAAUAGUUUGGCGAGUGCUGUUCGUGUUUUUGAAAAGAAUAAUGGAAGCAGUACUACUCAACAACAACAAUCGACAGAACUCGUUCGAGUCGAAAAGAAUGAAUUUGAAUCGGAAUUUGAGGCAAAAUAUUCACAUUUCGCACCUAAUUUUUGGACUGCAAAAUAUGUCAAUUUAUGCAGAAGUAUUGCCAAGGAGAAUAAUAUUAAAUUAUUUGAAGGAUCCUAUGCAUGGGCAAGUGGUCCAAGUUUUGAGACACCUCUCGAAGUGUUGAUGGCAAAGAAGUUGGGCGGUGCAUGUGUGGGAAUGUCAACCGUUCCUGAAAUGCUCACAUGCAAUUAUUAUGGAAUGGAUUGUAUGGGAAUUAGUUUGGUGUGUAAUUUGGGUGCAGGAUUGCAAAAAGAACCUCUCACACAUAAGGAAGUUUUAGAGAAUUCCAAAAUUGGUACUGAACAUAUUCAAUUAUUGGUUCGAGAGACCCUUGCAAAUAUUGAAUUUGAGGAGACUAGUGAUGCGCCAUUGGUUAGUGGUGCAACCAGUGACAGUACUUGCUGUGCUUCCUCCAGUAGCACUACCACUCAAUAUGUUGCUUUAAAGAUCAACACUGAAUCAAUGAAAAUCACUGAGGAGAAUAUCAAGCAAGCUGUACAAUUGAUUCAACAAGAAUUGGGUCAAUUCGAUGAGAACCAAAUUAAUAUUUAUUGCACUCAACAAAAUGUUCCAAACUUGCUCCAAGAUGGUAAAAAGGUUGACUUGAUGACGUUACCUAACUUCCCAUACACAUCUGCCUCUGGAAACUUUGGAUACAUUACUAAGAAUGCCAAGAAUCAACUUACACUCAUUUCCAAUGUGCAUCCAAGUUUGGAUAAUACUUUUACCACUGAAGAGUCCUUCUAUUUGACACUUGUAUUCAACGUUCUUAAUGUUCAGAAUGUUGCAUUCUUUGUCAAGUGCAGCGAUCCUAGAGUCACCCCCGAGAACACUGUACAAGAAAUUUCAAGUGUCACUAACUUUGGUCAUGCUCAACCUUUGGAAUAUGUCGAGAGUGUUUACAUUUCUCAUGAUCGAGUUUUGGACGCUGCUCCACUCUCAACCAACGAGAAGCAAACAAAUUCAUACAUGGGAUUUAUGGGUCCAGAUUACCCAAGCUAUAUGGAGUGUCACCUUGCUCAAGAAUUGGGCCAUUCAACAUUUGGUGUCACCUCUUUGAAUCUUUUCUGCGCUUUGAGAUAUUUCGGUUUUAAUGUGAAGGCAUUUGUUGAAUUUUCUGAACACACUUCUCUCAAUCAAGUGCAAAUGCAAAUUCCAUCAGUCAAAAGAAGUGUCAAACCUGUCAAGUAUGACCAGCAAUGUAAAUUGAGAUAUAACAUUCUCAAAUACGAAGAAGUUGUUGAAGCAACACAAUUUAUUAAGGAACAAUUAGAUCUUGGAGACAAGAGUAUUGAUACUGCCAUUUUUGAUUUGAACUUGAAUUUACCAUUCUUUGAGAAUCCUAAUGUUAAAAUUGUCAAGACAUUGGCAUUGAGCGACAUUCCUCAUUACAAGCCAAAGAAUGGAGUCUCUCAAGCACUUUCACUUGUUCGUGUGAGUAGCGACAAGAAUAGUACCGAAAAAUUAGUACUUGUCAUUCAUCAUGUUGGAUUGGAACAAGAUGAAAGUACCUAUCUACUCAGUAACAGCUUGGUCGAUUUGACAUUCUUUGUUCGAGUUUGUCAACAUCUUCAAACUGUUCAAUCCAUCUAUUUGAACAGUGCUGUUUCAAGCGCUCUUUCAGAACUAACUUCUGAACCAAUCUAUUCUCCAAACACUUUGGUGCAGUAUAAGGAUCACAUUAACUUUACUGGAUACAACCCAAUGAUUGGUAAGAAUGAAAAUAGAUGGGGUGACAGAUUCUUUGAUGUCUCUGGAUUGUAUCAUCCUUUAAGAACAACUACAGCAAGAGUUGAAACUUCGAAUGUUUUUUAUUUCAAUCAUGCUCUUCAACUUGAGAAUAGAGCCAUUCGUACCCAUACUUCCAAAUACAAUGCGAAUAUUUUGAGCUCAGUUGGAUGUUAUGAAGCAUUGGUAGCUCAUCAUGACACUAAAGAAAAACACACUAGAACUCGAGUGGUAUCAUUGGGAUUGGUGGUUGAUCAAGCUCAAAAAUCUGAAGGAAAAUUGAUUUGUCCAGAAAAGAAGAAGGAGCUUGUCACUGUUCUCUGUAAUGAUAUUUUGGGAUUGUAA